UGUUUGCAAUGGAGGACAGCGUGGAUCAUGCAAGUCCAAAUCAGACUGUGCAGUCACCUUCGUUGGCACUACUGGAAAGACUGCAGCAACUUCGGAAGUGGCAGGAGGAGCAGAGGGAGGCCCUCAUGCAAACCCAUUCCAGUAGCUCCUUUGAUGUGUCUGCAGAUUCCUUCAACCAUUCAAAGUUAACUGGCAAUCAGAGCCUUGGUUCAGGAAGUCUAAUAGAUACUCCAGAUUCCCAGUUUUCAAAAUCUUCAGGAAGCAGAUUUUCACAUCAGCAUGAGAGUUACCAAAAAGUGGAUCAGAAUACUCCCACCCAGAGGAUAAACUCAUUCAGAGAACAAGUACAUAGUAAUCAGGCUACUUGGUCUGCAGCACAAAGACAUGAUGAUAGUGUUUCUGAUCUGCACCAGAAGUCAUCAUUCCUAGAUCAUGACCAGAAGAACAUUACUGAUUUUGGAAACACAGAUUAUCUAGAGGAUAGAUUUAAGUAUGGUAAAGAGAAAACCUGUGAAACGCAAAGUAAAGCACCUUUAGUCAGACCUGUACUCCUUACUGCAAGGUCUGUGGAAAGCCAGCCUAUUACCAGUCAGGCAAAAACUUUUGAAGAUAUUUUGGAGGAGAAUAUGGCCAGAGAGGGUUUUCAAGGGAAUAGUGACUGUAGAAUAAAGCCAAAGAAACCAUUUUUAAAGAAAAGGAGUGGGCUUUCACAUUAUGAGGGAAAGGGUAAUAGUGAUACUAAGACAGCCAACCCACCUGCAUCAGUAUUAAGAUAUGAAAUUGAAGAACUGCCCAUGGAACCUGUACAGGGGAAGCCCAUACAAAGAUAUCUCCGGAAGGGGGAAGGAACAGCAAGGUUUAGGAUGGCUCCGCGGAGACUAAAACAAAAAGUGAUUCAAGUCCCUGGAGAGAGUGGCACCAAGAAAACCAUCCCUAAGAAACCUCAAGAAGAUGCUUUAGCGAAUCCAAGGCCGGCAACCAAUGCCAGGGCUGGUAUUAAAGGACCCGUUUCUCACAAUAAGCUGUCACAUACAUAUCCAAGUAAAAUAUCAAAUAGGCCUAUUAGCAGACUUCAGUUAAAGGAUAUUCCAAAAACUGCAGGAAUGACUGAAGUGCCAGUUGGUGAUUGGAGCCCAGGAUUAGAGGAGGGAAAAAAUGAAAGCCAAAUGGCUGAAAGCAGAAGCCACGAUCCAGACAAAACUAAAGGUCGUAAGAAUACUUUUGUACCAUCUGUACUAAAACAGUUGGAGGAUGACAAACAAAGACGAAAAGAGCAAGAAGAGUUAACAGCCUUUGAAAGGCUUGAGGAGCUAGCUGCAGACUCCAGUUUUUCAUCUAAUUCUUCCACAGUUUGGCAGUUGCUACAGAGAGGGCAGCGGUCAGCCUCAUCCACCCCACUACGUUCACCUCCCCCAUUUACUCCUCAAGAAACUCCUAUAACAAAGGUUAGCAACCAACAGCAGGGAAGCAGUGUAGCAAGUAAUCUUUUGCAGAGACUGUUUCAGGCAGGUGUUAUUGCAGAAGAGAAUCAAAGCAGGAAUCAACACAAUGCAGCCCAUGAUCAGUUAAAACCAGUGCUUAGUGUCAAACACCAGCAAGAGCACACACACAAUCAACUUCCUCAGCAGCUGUUGAGUGUGAGCACUGUUCUUGAGCAGUUGAGAGCAAUUGUAAGAUUAGAUGAGACUGCCAAUUUAAGUGUCUCACAAGAUGAUAUCCAGACCCUUAUUGAGAGUUUUAUUAAACCUAACAAUUCCUCACCCCUUGACCCAGCUACUUGUUUUUUAUAUGGGGUGCAACAGCCAAUUAAGAACAGGACAAGUACCCCAGCACAACCAGCAGGUGUAACUCCUAGUUCAGGACCACGUGUGCAUUUCAGAAGUGAGGGAGUGGAAGUGCUGGAAUAUGAGCCAACAGACACAGAAGCAGAGGAUUCCCUGAUAGAUGCCCCAUCCAUUGCAGAGGAUGACACAGAUCUAGUCACCACAUCAGAUUUAGAGGCAUUAGCACUUCUUACACACAAAUCUAAUCAAAAUAUGUCCCCCUCGGAUGCAAAAGAAAGACAUUCAGCAGAUGAAGAUGACAGCAGCACCAGCACACUGAUUGAUGAAAGAUCUACAACUGUCUCAACACCUCAAAACAAAGUUCAGCCCCUUAUGCUGCAAUUCUCACCACCACCUCAAAGACCCCAUCAUUCUGCCUCCAAUUAUGUCUGGUCAAUUUUUGGCAGAGACAGGGAUGCAAGGAAAGAUGUGAAUAAAGAUAAAAUCCCAUGUCAGAAUAGGAUUGACAGGGAAGUUCCUCAUUCCAAGCACAAAAAUCAGCAGAAUGUCCAAAGUACACUAAACAUUAAAGAGAAUCCUGCACAACAAGUAGAAUCUCAGCAAGGCCAGUCUGUGAAAAAGGAUGAGAAAUGCCUGAAUGAUGAAAUUGAAUCCCACAAGGCACUUCUUUUGGCAAAAAUUUGUGAAUUAGAAAAAGAAACUGAAGCAUUUAAGAAAGAGACUUUAAAGCUCAAGAAUCUCCAGCAGUCAUUACAGAGUGAAAAAAGGCUUCUGGGAGAAGAAAAAGAGAAGUUAGUAGCAAACCUGGAGAAAGAGAAAUUUAAUUUCCAAAAAUAUGUAGACAGAGAGAGGAACAGUCUUUGGAAAGAGAAGCAAGAACUUCAGCGUGCAGCUCCAUCCAUAUCUAUGGUUCAGGAGAAGUCUUUAGAAAUUGUUUACCUUAAGGAAAAAAUGCACGAUUUAGAAGAGGAACUACAAAAGAAGGAUUCCCUACACCAGUUUGCUAUAAAGAAAUUUAAUGAUAAAAUAAAAGCACUUGAGCAGGAAAACAGGCAACUGAGAGAGAAAAAUUCUUUAUUACAAAUGUUGGAGAAGGAGAAUUUAGAUCUCAAACACAGACUAGACAGAACAAAACUUUCUAAGAAACCAGCUCUUAGGGAUGUGCAAAACAAAAACCAGACAAAGACAUCAAAAAUUAAAAAGAAAACAGGCACUAUAGACAGCAUCAACAGAUCUCUUUCCAAAAAUCUGGCUGAAGCUCCACUUAAGUCAGUUACUUGUCAUAUAGAACCAACAACCAAGGAUGAAGAAAUACAGUACAAUCCACUGAGUGAAAGUGAUGAAAACCAAGAUUUAGUUAAGAAUAAUGUUAGAUAUCAAGCACAAAUUUCAGAUAAAAUUAUGAGAGAUGGUACAGCUGAACAUGCCCAAGAGACAGAUCUGAUCAAAGAGUCCAUUGCGCUACAAGAAGACUUAUCAGUACUAAACAUGCCCAAAGAAACCAAGUUAACUCCUGUUUCUGGGAAUUUGUUUUCAGCAGAUGAUAAAAUCAGUGAAUAUACUGAAGUCCACAGAAGUGAUGGCAUCACAGAGGUUACAUAUGCUAAUGGAAACAAAAAGUUUAUUUAUCCAAAUGGUUCCAUUAUAGUAAGCUACUAUAAUGGGGAUAGGAAGGAAGUACACAAUGACAGAACCAAAUACAUUUAUGGAACUGAUCAUACUAGUCAUACAACAUAUAAUGAUGGAAAGGAGAUUUUAGAGUUCCCCAGUGGCCAGAAGGAGACACGAUUUUCUGAUGGUUCCUCAGAAAUUGUAUUUGCAGAUAAUUCUAGGAAGACCAUAUCAAAAGACGGCACGGAAACAUGUACAAUGAAAGACGGCACGGUUGUUCAAACUAGCCCUGAUGGAACUAAAGUGUUUGACUUUGCCAAUGGACAAAGAGAGAUUCACACAAACAAAGAGAAGCGAAGAGAGUACCCAGAUGGAACAGUUAAGAUCCUUCACCCUGAUGGUCGCACUGAAACUCGGUACAAAACAGGACGUGUCCGCAUCAAAGAUAGCAGAGGGAACAUUAUUAGUGAUACCCACCAAGGUGUUCCAUAACAUGGAGAUACAUUUUGUGCCUCAGAAAAGCCUCCUUUCUUGAACCUAACAGUUCUCUCUUUCUUCUUUUCCCAUCAUUAUCUCCUUUAUUUAGUUUUUUUUUUUUUUUCUUGUCCAUAUCUUCUUCCUAUCUUUGUCCUGGUCAAGGUUGGGAUGAUUGCUUAAAAAAAAAAAUAAAUAAAUAAAUAAAUUGUGUGACUUUUCAAUAUGAUCUAAGCUUGAGUGAGUGCAGUUUUUUAAUGUAAUGCUUUUGAUAAGUAGACCAUGAAAAAUAUCAUUAUAAGCUUAUGUGAAAUUUAUUUAAUUGGGUCUAUUUCUUAUACAUAUCUUACUUUAGGUUCAGUGGAGACUUAAAGAAAACAUAUCCAUGUAUUGAUGUUUUUAUUUUUUGUGCAGUAAAAUGUGAAUGAUA